AGAAAACGAGAUACUGAGUGAAAAGGAAAAAAUGAGGAUGCAAUAAUGAUGAUUCAAAGUUUCAUUAGUGACAAGUAUGACGAUCUGUUACCCAAAUUAAGGGAUAGGAAAUGAUCAUAAAUUCGCGGCUGACCUAAAUGUACCGCCAUCAUCACCGCAGAACGUGGAUGUGAUCUAUAAAGUACCCAAUUUCUUCUCCUUAGUCUCUCCUGCAAGCUGUAGUAUUCUUCAAGCUAGAAGCACACAUCUGAUACAGUUGUUUUUCCGGUACUGUGGUUUCAAUCCGAAGUUCAGAAUGGGUAAGGAGAAGGUUCAUAUCAGCUUGGUGGUCAUUGGACAUGUCGACUCCGGCAAGUCGACCACGACUGGUCACUUAAUUUACAAGCUUGGAGGGAUUGACAAGCGUGUGAUUGAGAGGUUUGAGAAGGAAGCUGCAGAAAUGAACAAGAGGUCAUUCAAGUAUGCAUGGGUUCUUGACAAACUCAAAGCUGAGCGUGAACGUGGUAUCACCAUUGAUAUUGCCCUGUGGAAAUUUGAGACCACUAAAUACUACUGCACGGUCAUUGAUGCCCCUGGACAUCGCGAUUUCAUCAAAAACAUGAUUACAGGCACCUCACAGGCUGACUGUGCUGUUUUGAUCAUAGACUCUACAACUGGUGGGUUUGAAGCUGGUAUUUCAAAGGAUGGUCAGACUCGUGAGCACGCUUUGCUGGCUUUCACCUUGGGUGUCAAGCAAAUGAUAUGCUGCUGUAACAAGAUGGACGCCACCACCCCAAAGUACUCUAAGGCUAGGUAUGAAGAAAUUGUGAAGGAGGUGUCAUCGUACCUAAAGAAGGUUGGAUAUAACCCUGAAAAAGUCCCAUUCGUGCCCAUAUCUGGUUUUGAGGGUGACAACAUGAUCGAGAGAUCAACAAACCUUGAAUGGUACAAGGGCCCCACCCUUCUGGAUGCUCUAGAUCAAAUCAACGAGCCAAAGAGGCCAUCAGACAAGCCACUCC